CAUGCGGAAUACGUACAAGGCACAUUUCAGCCAUUAACCGUGAUUAUGAGCGACAAACGGAUAAGUGAGGAAAAAGAAUUUCUUGAAGCUUUAUGUCAACGUAAAGGAGAUACUAUCUUUCAAAGUACCCCUAUCAAGAGGCGUCGAGGUGGGGACCAUUGCGCUGCGGCUGGAAUAAAUGACAACGGUGAGUGUAUCAAAUGGUAAGCGUAAUUGCAAAACGCCACUACCGUAAAGAGCAUGUAGACACCCUUCGCUCGGAGACGAGGACAACACGCAAGAUAUUCCCCAACCGUUAAUGCCAGCAGAUGAGCUUACUAUUUAUGAUUGCAGAAUCCCCGGCCCAGCAAACGCCCUACUUAAAAAAGCUGCCACCGCGGUCCGCAGUCCAGUAGUCGAUGAAUGAAAAGUGUUAAAAUGAACUGCCAUCGCGGUCCGCAGUCCCAUAGUCGAUGAAUGGAAAUUGUUAAAGGGAAAGCAUUAAAAUGAACUGUACUUUAGUAUUUGAAUAUUAUAGUAUUUGAGUAUUGGGGUAUUUUAGUAUUUGAGUAACUUAUUAAUUUAGUAUUUUAGUUAUUAGGGUAUUUAGUUUAACAUGGCCAUAAGGGAGAAUACAGUUUUUCUACUGUAAUUAUGCACCCUAUAAAUAAGGUGUUCUAAAGUGUUCUAACUGCCACCGCGGUCCGCAGUCCCGUAGUCGAUGAAUGAAAACUGUUGAAAGGGCAAGCAAAAAAUGAACUGCCACCGCGGUCCGCAGUCCCGUGGUCGAUGACUGGAUAUUUGAUAACUCCGAAGAGUAAAAUGGUUGUGACCGGGGUCCGAAGUCACGUAGUAGUUAAAUAAUAAUUGAAAAUAACGGCCAGUUUUUAAGUGGCGUUUUUAGGAUUUGUGGAUUAAAGAAGGAGGUGUAUGACACGUUGAGUGUCCUUAACUGAACCACAAAAUGAAAGCUAAAAUUUUACGAGAAUGCCUAGGCCUAAUCACUGAAGCGAGCGCUUAGGCUUAAUGAGUAGACGAGUGCUUUCUUCUUCAGACGAUCUCAUGAAAAGUGUAGUUAACCGAACCGCGAAAUGAAAGCUUAGCAGUGAUUGCAGAAUACCCCGUUUAGGAACAGAGUUGUUUAUAUGUAUCAUUUUCUGUCCCAUGCCACUGCGUCGUAAGAAUUUUAGCUUUCAUUCUGUGGUUCAGUUAACGACACUUACCACGAGUUCGUGUGAAGAAGAAAGCACUCGUUUACUGAUUAAGCCUAAGCGCUCGCUUCAGUGAUUAGGCUUAAGCAUUCUCGUAAAAUUUUAGCUUUCAUUUUGUGGUUCAGUUAAGGACACUCAACAUGUCAUACACCUCUAUUAUUAAAAGAACGAGGGGCAUCUGUUACCUUCUUAAUUAAUUGUAAACUGCGUGACAGCAAUAAAUUAGUCUUGAAAAGCCCCGAGGGGAGAGACUAAUAAUUUCACUUCACUUCACUUCAAGACUGCGAGAAUGCGGUAGCAGUUUUUUAAGUAAGACAUUUGGUGUACCGGGUAUUUUGCAAUCUAGCCCUAUUUAGUUCAGGCAACCCGCGGACUGGAACGUUAAUGCCAGCUUGUAUUCCGACAAUCAAGAAGAAAACCGUGGUGCAUGCAUGUUUUUAAUUUUGAAUGGACUUUAUGGACUAACCAGUCAUGAUGAUGAUGCACCAACAAAUUCCCCGCCCUCUUAAAAACCUUCUAUAAUUCAACUUAAGAUGGCUCUUUUAAGGAUAAACGAUAAACGUCGUUCUCAGGAAGAGAAGAUUGAAAUAUUGCUCCAGGCAGCUACAGGUAAUUACUGCGCGCUCCUGGGGAAAGUCAUAAUCAUCGCGCCACGUGAACAAAAGUUAACGGACAUAACCUGCGAUCUGGGGCCGGUUGCUCGAAGCCUGGUUAGCGCUAACCGUUGGUUAAGAGGUAUCAAAAUGUAUAGGUUUCCAUGCUAUUUAGCGCUGGUUAGCACUAACCAUGCUUCGAGCAACCCGGGCCAGGCGUACUUUUCUUUAGAGAGGGCGGAAAUGUACGCCUGAUACAAUUUUCUUGACGAGUCAUCUGCCUGCAGUCCAGUUCAGCUGAUCCAAUUAUGUCUGCCGAGAAGGAUUCGAAGAGGAGUGAUGUUUAGGCUCUGUUUACAGCUGCUGUUGCUUCGACUUCAGAUUUUUUUCCAAAAAGUCUUUAAAGGAACGGCAGAGAGAAUGCAUCCAAAGAAUGGUUUGUCUAAAAGAAGACAUUAUAGUUGUAACUUCCAUCGGAAUUUGGCAAUACCCGAACAUUAUAGAAAAAAUGUAUCGUACCACUUCCAUCGACUCGGAAACGUUUGUGAUAUGGUGAGUCCUUUGGAAUGUAUUCGGAAGGAUUCGGAAGCAACAAGUUGUGAAUCAAAUCAUAAAAUGCGCCAGAAACUUGUGUCAAGUUUUGUGCCUAUGCAUGUUGUGAUAUUUUCAUGUGUAAUAUAUUUCAUUUUCAUUGAAGACUUUUGCUGUUGUGUUAGGAGUUGAUGUCCCAAUAUUAUCAUUAUACCUAAUGCAAAUUUGUAAGCGCAUCUGUUUUCUAAGUGCAAAUUUCCCUCUUAUAAUAAGCACCUACAGUAAAAGAAGGCCUUUGAAAAAUGCAAGUGUUGUAAUCAUGACAGCUGAAGUAAAAGCAAGGAACUAGAGUAUUUGUAGAUCAACACUGACUAUUAUCUUUGUAAUGGAAACUGUCUCAGUGGUCACCAAGUUGUAAAAUUUAGUUGUCUUAACUUUUUCCCUACUUGUGUGCAUUUUUUGCAAUCCCUUAGAUCAAGUUAAACUUCCUUCCUGUGGGGCACACCCAUGAAGAGAUUGAUGCUUUUUUUGGGGUAUAUUCGAAGCACCUGGAUCUAAAUGAUGUUUACACAAUGGAUGGUAGGUGUACAUAUCUCUUGUAAUACAGUAACCUUCAUUUUUCCAAGUUUGGCAAAACAGGUUCUUAUAUUUGGGGAAAGUUAUUGGCAAAAUUUAGGCUAAAGUAGGUUCUUAAUUAGGUUCUUAAGUUUUUAGUAGGAACCAUUCAUGUACAAGCAGAAAAAGUAGGUUUGGUCCUUUAUGAUACAGCAUUUAUUUAUAACUGUCUUGUCAUGAGCCGUGUGCAAGACUGACUAAAUAAUUAUAAUUAUACACUAUAAACCGUACGCGCGUACUUCCCAUGAAGUAUUCCCUAUUUCUCAAAAUCAGUUAUACUUCAUAGUGAAAAAUGCUUAUGAAAAUAUUCCAUAAGUCACGUAUAAGAACCUAAUAAAUUUUGCUUGGCUAAACAGGUUCUUAUAUUUUUGGGUAUAAAAAUGGGAAAUUUCUGCCAGCAGGUUCUUAAACCGCUAGGUUCUUACACGCAUGUUUGAACUAAACAAAGGGGUGCCUGGAUUGAAGCAUCAAGUAAUUUCAGAUAAACUGCUGGAUUCAUCUUUCAGUUACCUUUGUGUAUGCUCGUAAAUAAAGGGAUAAUUUCAUAUGAGAUCAUAAGUCACUUGGGACAUAAUACCAAUAACCCAUUCACAUGAAAUAAGAGAUAGAUUGUUGCAAUUAUAAUUAUUUAUUAAUAUUAAUACUAUUUACUGAGAUAACAUUUGCAAUUUUCUUUUCUUCUCUCCCAUAGAAAUGCAAGAGGCAAUGAAAAAUUGCAUACAGAAUGUCAAAGUCCUUCCUUUUCUGUUGGAUGCUGUGUACAACAUAAAAGAGUGGCUGGCACCUCAUGCAGAGCAACUGCAUGACCAUACUCAGCCAAAGUGCUUCAAAUUUGUCAGAAAUGCUGCUGGGAAGUGCCAAAUGUUUUAUCGAAACUACUCGCACAUGCCAUGGGAAGGUCCUGUGAUUAUUUUGAAGGUGCAGUUACAACCUUUUAUCAUUUGUCUGCAUCUUACAGAUCAUAAUACUAAAGUGAUCUUUUAAUUAAUGCAUUGCACUGUUAAUUGUUCAUCGUAAAACCUUUGUUCUUACACUAGAGUCAUCCAGGUGGCAAACCAAGUCUUGUGAGACCUGUGUUAGACAGAAUUGAUGUUGAAGGUUUGAAGCGUGACCUUAACAAGUUCAGAGAUCACUACCCUGAACAGGCGUUCUCAUUUUGGAGUGAGUGGGUGAAUAACGUAGACAAUUUGGCUGCUGUGCCAGAGGCAUGGGAGUGGCCUUUGAAUGCUAUUCUGAUCGCAGAGAAAAUAAAGCCAUAUACGGUUGAUCAAUCUGUCCCUGAACACCUGCAAGCUCUACAGGACAAGGAAUGUCGGCCAACAAAACAGGCAAGUUGAAAUUGUCUGAGUUGGUGAAUUUUCUGUUAUAAGUCUACUUUCUAAGGGUUCACAUGUUACGACUUGGCAGCUCUUUAAGUUAAACAUUCUCUCAUAUCUGAGUUCGUCAGUUCUUUAAGGUUACAGUGUACCUUAAGGGGUGGCUCCAGUUUAACGGGUGUAGCGCCUCUCGGUUACAUCACAGAUACCCAAAACCCUAUAUCAAAUUAAAGCUUAUGGAACUGGGUAUUCAAAUAUUUCAUUGCUUUUUCAAGAAAAUAAAUUCCUAAGUUUUCCGCGUAGUCUAAACUUGAAGGCACAGAUCGUCUUUCUACAGUUCCAACUCAAUGCGAUUUUUACAUUUUGGAAGUUUUUUUUUUUUUCUCACGGUCAGCAUCUCAAAGGUUAAAAAAAAAACGUGUCAGUGUUUUCCUUAAUUCGAUUGCGUUCAAAAGUUACGGAACAUUUUGAAAACUGCAAGAAAAAACAUGCGGAGUGAACGCACGGAAAUGGCUGUCAAGGAAAGAGUUUUAAGAAUUAUCGAAUUCCCCGACACGUCUCUGUUGAUUACAUACCUUUCUAGCAUCUGGCCAAAUUUUACCGAAAUCGGCCAAAUCGUUGUUGAGUUGUAACUCUUGAAAGUGUCUCCUUGAAGCGAAAAUUAAAGUUCGAGAAAAGAGCGCUCAAAAAAAAAAAAUUAUCGCUACAGAAACAAGUACCGCCCCCUAACGCCUUUACGGGAAAUUAGGCAAUUGUUUCGCAAGGCCCUUUUUCUUCCGGUUACCUGCUGUGAUGAUUUUCUCGCAAUUUUGCACGUACUCCCGUUACAGAGUAAUCAAUUCCUUCGCCAUUUUGUUGGAUAUUUGCGGUUUUUAUUUUCCGUCGAUAUUGCAUUUUGUAUACAUAAUCAUCGUGAAAAAAAAAACUAAACGAGGAAAGACCUCAUCAAGCAAAGCUGUUGGGCCCAAGCCGAAGCGACAAAGGCGGGCUACAAAUCAUCAGCAGAAAGAGCGGCGGAAACACCAGUACCGGUGAACCAUCGUGACCGCAUGAUUACCUUAUGCUGUCAAUCAAAGUGGAGUUUAACUUCCGGUGGAAAUCGCUUACAUCCCAAUUUCUCGGCAAAUAUUCACUCUUUUGAAAGAUCUUGCUGCAAAGUUUAUUUCCAACUUAAAAACGAAAAUCGAUUUUUUUCCCUCUGAACGUACACGGUAACCUUAAUUAACCUUUUCUGAUUAAACUGUAUCCUUUUUCAGAUUUACACUGGAAGGUAUGUUGCCCCAGCAACAGAGAAAAUCCUGUUGAACGUGUUGACUCUUUCUACGAAGGGCUUCAAAUUGAAACAUAUGCAGCAGUUUUCUUAUCAAACUGUGAAGAGGAGCCAGUGAUUGGUGUUUUAAAAGAGAUCAGUGAGGAUCAUUUCAAAAUCCAUUACUGGAAAGGCACAUACAGAGGAAAGUGGUCACCUUUAAGCCUUCCAAGAACAAGGGAACCUUGGACAGAAGUUCUUCCAAAGGAGUGUAUUAUUCUCCACUCCUUUGAACUUACUGAAGCAAAGAAGCUGCAGGUGACUACAAGAAGGCACUUAAUGGAAAAGUAUUCCUCACUGAGGAAUAGUACAAAUAAUUCAUAA